AUGGCGUCAAAGAUUGGGAACAUUGGCUGCGGCAUAAGGAUCUAUACGGGCGGGAUAUGGUCUUUCAUUGCCAAUGCAGACCGAUCUGCAGAGGACGCGCGCAUACAGAAAAGCUAUGCAUCAUGUCAUCGGGAGCACCAAGUCUAUGGCGGACUUCCAUCCCUUGUUAGAAAGGGAGGUCCGGCGGUUUCUGCUGCGGACAUUGCGAACUCCGAAGGAGUUAAUUCAACACCUAAAGACAUUGGCUAUGGAUACACCGUGGAGCCACAUGGCCCCGACCCGUUCGUUGACCUUGCCAACAAGGUCAUGGCAGAGUUCUCAGUUGCAACGCAACCGGGGACCUGGGCUCCUGAUAUCAUCCCGGCUCUGAAAUACAUCCCUUCAUGGUUCCCCGGCGCGGAGUUCCAACGCAUGGCGAAGACAUUCAACUCACGCGUGAAUGAUUUCUCGGGCAAGCCGUACGCAUUCGUGCAGAAGAAGAUGGCUCGUGGAUCCUACAAACCGUCCUAUCUGUCUCGUUUGCUGGAGAAAGACAAUCCACAGCCUGGAUCGGAGGAGGAGCUCGUCGCGCGAUGGUCUGCUGCGUCUCUUUACGGCGGGGGCAGCGAUACAACACUUUCUUCUCUGGGCUCCUUCUUCCUCGCGAUGGCCAUGUACCCAGACAUCCAACGAAAAGCCCAAGCGGAAAUCGACCGGGUAGCUGGCAACAGACUCCCAACCUUCAACGACCGCGCCGAACUGCCGUAUACAGAGGCCGUGGUGAAGGAGCUCCUCCGCUGGCUCCCCGUAGCACCCAUGGCUCUACCUCACCGCGCUACCGAUGACAGAAGCUGCGGCGGGUAUCUCGUUCCGAGAGAUGCACUGAUCCUCCCGAAUGUCUGGGGUUUCCUACACGACCCCGAGGUCUAUCACGACCCGAUGACCUUCAACCCGGAGCGGUUCCUGGGGAGUACCCCUGAACCUGAUCCGCGCAAGUUUGCGUUUGGGUUUGGACGGCGCGUGUGUCCGGGUAAGGCGCUUGCGGAGGCGAAUGCUUUCCUCGCUGUCGCUAUGUCGCUGGCUGUGUUUCGCAUUCGGGAUGCUAAGCAGAAUGGGCGCAAGAUUGAUGGGUAUCCGGAUGUUACGGCUGGUGUUAUCAGUCAUCCGGUCGAUUUUGAGGUUGAGAUUAGUGCGCGCAGUGCGGCGCAUGAGGCGCUGAUUGAGUCGGUUGAAAAGGACUGUCCGUGGCAGGAGGGUGAUGGCAAAGAGUGCGAUUUCUAG